UUGUAGGAAAAAUAUGCGUUAAAAGGAGUGAAAACGAAGGGACGAAAGCAAUGUCACGUGAGCCAUCCAUUAUACAUAAUCCAUCAACAAGCGAACCAGAAACGCUGAAAGUCCUCGCAAAAGUGAUCUUACAGAACCAAUCGAACGAUGAAAUAAUCAGUGAUGAUGAGGCACGGCGGCGUCGCGAACAGCUCAAUCGACGACCGUCAUACCGAAUAUGUGGUUUGUGGAUAGUCAAGUAG